AGGCACAAUACUGUUAACUGUAACAAUCUUACCUGUCGGUGAGCCACAGUUGGGCAAGUUGUUGGCUCCUCAUGUUCUCUGUCAUGAUAUUUGAUGUCUCCUUCACUGUGCAGCCCCACUGGACCAGCCUGUCCCACCCCGGAGUGUAUUAAAAACUGUGCACAUUGUGAGACUUUCAAAGGCAGCAGGAAGGACCAUGGGGAGGGCUAUCUGUAAUGCUGCCCUGAGUUCAAGUCAAUAGCCGUGCUUGAUGUUGCGUGACCUCACCAAGGACAUCCAAGGCUGAAAACAACGCAGUCAGAUGGAGGAAAAGAUUUGGAAGGAUCAUUAUGUGCUCCUCAACAAGGAUGAAGAAAAUGAGCUGGAGGCUUUUGGCUACAAAAGCCAGGGCUGCCGGAAGGCCCUGUGCAUUGCUGGAUACAUCUUGUCCUGCGGGGCUCUGCUGCUGCUGUUCUACUGGAAGCCAGAAUGGGAUGUGUGGGCAAACUGUGUCCCCUGCAGCUUGGAAGAAGCAGAUGUCAUCCUACUCAGAACAACUGAUGAGUUUCAGAAAUACACCCAGAAGAAGGUGACCUGGAUUGAUUUGUCCACUUUGGCACUACCCGUUGGUAGUAAUUCAGAAUGUCCUCUCAUAGAUGAUAAAGACUCUGUUAUAAACAGAGCCAUAAUGAAGCCACAGUUAAAGAUGAGAUGUAUUCAAGUACAGAAAAUCCGUUACAUUUGGGACUUUUCUGUAAAAGAGUUCAGGAAAGUUGGAUCACUGGAAGACAGCAACACGUGUCACAGCAUACACCACAAGUUUGGAGCCGGCCUGACAGGGGAAGAACGGAAAAUCAGGCAGCUGGUGUGUGGGCCUAAUGCCAUCGAAGUUGAAAUCCGUCCCAUUUGGAAGUUACUUUUUAAAGAGAUUUUAAACCCCUUCUAUGUGUUCCAAGCCUUCACUCUCACUCUGUGGCUGAGCCAAGGCUACAUUGAAUACUCAGUGGCCAUCAUAGUCCUGUCAGUCAUUUCUGUUGGCCUAACUGUGUAUGAUCUCAGACAGCAGUCUACCAAGCUGCAUGACCUCGUUGAGGAGCAUAACAAAGUCCAGGUUACAGUCUGCACAAAGAACGAAGGUUUCAAAGAACUGGAGUCUCGUUGCUUAGUCCCAGGAGAUGUUUUUCUUUUAGAUGGAAAAAAGCUCUCCCUCCCAUGUGAUGCUAUCCUGAUUGAUGGAAGUUGCAUUGUGAAUGAAGGGAUGCUCACAGGUGAAAGCAUUCCAGUUAUGAAGACCCCAUUGCCUCUCGCGGAGAGCCCGGAGCCCUGGAAAACACACAGCAUGGAGGACUACCGAAGACAUGUCCUCUUCUGUGGGACUGAAGUCAUCCAGGCAAAGUCAUCUGGCAGAGGGCUGGUGCGGGCCGUGGUGCUGCAAACCGGGUUCAACACUGCUAAAGGUGACUUGGUGAGGUCUAUCCUCUACCCCAGACCUGUGAACUUCCAGCUCUACCGAGAUGCCUUCAAAUUCAUUCUAGGCCUCUCUGCCAUUGGUGUGUUGGGAUUGAUAUACACCGUUUGUGUGUUCACAUACCACAAAAAGCCAGUGGCAGAUGUCGUGUCCAUGGCCCUCCUCCUCCUCACCGCAGCUGUGCCUCCUGCCAUCCCCGCUGCCCUGACCACGGGCACCGUUUAUGCCCAAAGGAGGCUGAAGAAAAAGAAGAUUUUCUGCAUCACUCCACAGAGGAUUAAUAUCUGCGGGCAAAUCAACCUCGUCUGCUUUGACAAAACGGGCACGUUGACAGAAGAUGGACUGGACCUGUGGGGCAUCCUCCCUUCUGAGGGAAGCUGCUUUCAGAAAAUCCACAAGUUUCCAUCCAGCACUCCUCUGCCCUGGGGACCGGUGUGUGGAGCCAUGGUGAGCUGCCACUCCCUGGUGGUUCUGGAUAAGAAGAUUCAAGGAGACCCACUGGACCUGAAAAUGUUUGAGGGCACACACUGGGAGAUAGAAGAGUCCAGCACAGCUUGGGAUAGGGCCGGUGCUAUUGAUGCCUGCAUCGUUAGACCGGGGCCGAACGCCAGCAGCGCCCCCGUGGAAGGAAUUGCAAUCCUGCAUCAAUUCCCAUUUUCCUCUGGGCUGCAGAGGAUGUCUGUUGUUUCACAGAAGAUUGGAGAGGAGCAGUAUGACCUGUACAUGAAAGGAGCACCAGAAAUAGUGUCCAGCUUUUGCAGACAAGAAACCGUCCCAGCUGAUUUCUUGGAGGAGCUUAAGUCAUACACAAGCCAAGGCUUCAGAGUGAUUGCCCUGGCCCAUAAAUUGCUGAGCCUUCCAGAGGAUGUAGAUGUGAGUAACCUGGAGAGAGAAGAGGCAGAGUCUGAGCUAGAGUUUCUGGGCCUCCUGGUGAUGGAGAACCGCCUGAAGCCAGAAACAAAGCCUGUGCUGCGAGAGCUGGCCGCUGCCCGCAUCAGGAGCAUCAUGGUCACAGGGGACAACCUUCAGACAGCAGUCACGGUGGCCAGGAGCGCGGCUAUGAUUCACGAGGGCAGCAAAGUCAUCAUCAUUGAAGCCAGCGAACCAGAGGGCUCCGCUCCAGCUUCCAUUGCCUGGCGGUUGGCAGAAGGCAGCAAGGAGGUGUGUGCCAAUACCCAGGAAAAGAUCACAUUGGAAGGAGAAAGCUGCAACUACCAUUUUGCAAUGAAUGGGAAGUCCUACCAGGUUCUCCUAAAGCACUUCUACAGCUUGCUGCCAAAAAUACUGCUGAAUGCGACUGUCUUCGCUAGGAUGUCUCCUGGCCAGAAAUCCAGCCUUGUUGAAGAGCUUCAGAAACUCGAUUACUACGUGGGUAUGUGUGGUGAUGGAGCCAAUGACUGCGGGGCUCUGAAGAUGGCCCAUGCAGGGAUAUCGCUGUCGGAGCAGGAGGCAUCGGUGGCCUCGCCUUUCACCUCACAGAUCCCCAACAUCCAGUGCAUGCCGGAGCUGAUCAGGGAAGGUCGAGCUGCUUUGGUGGCUUCCUUUGCUGUUGUUAAAUACCUGACCCUGUACGGCCUGAUACAGUUUGUUGGCACCGCUCUGCUGUUCUGGCAACUGCAAAUCUUUGGGAAUUACCAGUAUUUGAUUCAAGACAUGGUCAUUACCCUCCUGGUUUGCCUAACAAUGAGCCUGACAGAAGCCUACCCAAAGCUGGCACCCUAUCGCCCUCCUGGCCAGCUCAUCUCCCCUCCUUUGCUGCUCUCUGUUAUUCUCAACGUGUGCUUUACCAUAGCCCUGCAGACCUGUGGCUUCCUGCUGGUGAAGAAGCAGCCCUGGUAUGUAGCGCUGGCCAGCUGGAGACAUUGCUCGCUCGGGAACCAGACCUUGCCCUCUGCCGACCCAGGGGGAAACGGUACCAGCAGCAGCAGUGCCCAGAGCACCGUCCUCAGCUACGAAGGCACAACAUUGUGGCCACUGUCUUCCAUCAACUGCAUCAUUGUGGCCUUUGUCUUUUCCAAAGGAAAGCCCUUCCGCAAGCCCAUCUACACCAAUUAUGUAUUUUCAGCCCUCCUGGCCCUCCAGCUCGCCGUCUGCCUCUUCCUCUUCCUCGCUGACAUGGAUGCUGUGUACAGUGGCAUGCAGUUUCUUUGCACUCCUGUGAUCUGGAGAGUUUAUGUCCUACUGAUGCUCUUGGUCACCUUCUGUGUAUCUUUUUUUACGGAGGAUGUUCUCCUGCAGAACAAGCACCUCUGGAUGCUGAUUAAAGCCUGCGUUGGGUACCAGUCGAAAAGCCAGUACCGAAAGUGGCAGUGGAUGCUGCAGAGGGAUCCAAACUGGCCUCCUGUAAACACCAAGGAUUUUGCAGCAAGAAGCACAGCUGAGGUUUACAUUAACCCCAGCUACGAGCACAGGGACUAGGCGACUGCAGCUGGGCACAGGGCUGCCUUGUCCCCGCUGACCGGUCUGUUUGCAUCGCUCCACGCGCACCAGGCUUGGAUUUCUGUGCUUGCUGAACAAACCCCUCCAUUCAGAGGCGGGCUGGCUGUGUCCUGGAAUAGGGACGAGGGUUAUUCUUUCUCUUGCUGGUAAAAUAACAACUUUGACUCUAUUCCAUGGCAACAGCAGCUCUCCGGCCUUGCCAGCACCUCCUACAAAGGCUCAGCAACACUGAGCACAGCAAAGCAAUGACUGCUGCUGCUCCAGCAUUCAGCCACUGCUCCACCAAACCCUGUCACUGUACCCACGGGGCUUGAUGACCCAAUUAGUGACCUAAUCUUGACUGCACCGAGGAGCACACGUGCAACUGCAAAAUCCUGCAUUAAAUGAAACUGCAGCUUCCAAGCAAAAUUCCACUUACAAAGCAAUUCUGGUUUUCUUCCAUCCUGGAGUGAAUUAGAAAUGUGGGAGGGUGCACAUGCUGUCCUUACUUCACCCUCCCUUGCCAGUUUUUGCAGACACAAUGUGCUGAGUGCGGGGAAGAUUUCAGCUCAAGCAUUGCAGCAAGCUGGAGCUGGGCAGGGAUGCACUCAGGGAAUGAAUAGCUGCCUCCUUACCCAAAUUUAGUGCUCUCUUUGGUGCCACGUGGCACCGUUGCUCUCAGGGCACGCUGGGUGGAAAGUUGCACUGAGCUGCUUGCUUUAUCUAAGUCAUGCCAAGAAGCAGAGGUUAAUGUGCACCAGUGCUCUGCAGUUGCAUAGUGUAGGAAGCUGAGCCCAGCUGGGCUUGCUCUCAUCCUUAUAUUAUUUAGCCACUUCCUAGGUUUCGUCUUGAAAGAACUUCUGGCUAUAUUUACAGGAAAACUGAACAGGGCUUCCAGGUUUAGUUACUAAGAGCCCAGUUUUAUUUUAAUAAAUUUCCCAUAUUAAAAAAGAA